CGAGAGCUCAGUAGUUCUCUUGCGGCGGUGGUUUGAGGAGGGGCUGUAACGCUACGAUUCUGAAGGCUGGUGACAGGGCGGGGAGUGAGGCGCGUGUCUCCCACAGAGGGCCAGGCAGACACGGACAAACACCGGCCAUGAAGGCAUUCCUGACGGUAGUGGCGCUGGCAACGGCGGCGGCGGCGGCAGCAUCAGUGGUUGAGAGUGAGGAGGAGUUAACGCCGCGCUAUCGGAGGAGUAUCGGGUCUUGGUUCAGUGACUUCUUCGGAUACGACGAUGACGACUACAGCUCUGAGGCCAUUAUUGUACCAGUACCGUACCCUCGCCACAUGCGCCACAUCAGAGGACACUACGGGCCUCCUCAAGGUUCCUAUGGCCCUCCCCCAAUAAAAGCUUCCUAUGGACCUCCUCCUCUUAAGACCUAUGGCCCUCCUCCUCCUUCAAAGGGUUAUGGUCCUCCUCCAAAGGCUACCUAUAUCCCUCCUCCUACAGCCUCUUAUGGCCCUCCUCCCCCUCCUCCUCCUCUCCCUCCUUCAAAGGGCUAUGGUCCUCCUCCUCCCCCUCCUUCAAAGGGCUAUGGUCCUCCUCCUCCUCCUCCUUCAAAGGGUUAUGGUCCUCCUCCUAAGGCUACCUUCAUUCCUCCUCCUGAAGCCUCCUAUGCUCCACCUCCUCCUCCUUCAAAGGGUUAUGGUCCCCCUCCGAAAGCCACUUAUAUUCCUCCUCCCAAUCCAACAUAUGGUCCUCCCCCAACCUCCUAUGGUCCCCCACCACUCCCAGUGCAUCACGGCAUCAAGGGAGGUGGUGCUGUUCACAUCAAGGGAGGUGGAGGUCACAUUGGAGGAGGUCACAUCAAAGGGGGUGGAGUUCACAUUAAGGGAGGUGGUCACAUUGGAGGGGGUCACAUCAAGGGAGGUGGAGGUCACAUUGGAGGAGUUCACAUCAAGGGAGGUGGAAGUCACAUUGGAGGGGGUCACAUCAAGGGAGGUGGUCACAUUGGAGGUGGUCACAUCAAAGGAGGCGGUGGAGGUCACAUCAAGGGAGGUGGUGCCAUCCAUGGACAUGGAAUCCCUCAUGGCUUUGGCCCUGUGAAGCACACUGAUGUAGUCAUUGGUGGAGAUGGGUACUCUGCUCCAGCUGUGCCUGUCACAGAUUACUCUGGGCCACCACCACCGCUGUCUGACAUCCAUGGAGUCUUACAUGCAGCUGAUCAUGACUUGUAUGGUCCACCCAAAACUCCCAUUGAGACUUAUGUGCCUCCAGAAGUACCUGUGGUGCCCCCUCAGGCCAUUGACCAUGUGCCUGCAGGACCUCCACUGCCUAUUGGACCUACAGUUCCUGACACCUCAAACAAUUACCGAGCUCCACCAUCAUUCCCGCCACCCAUGGCUGCUCAUGGUUCCUCGUCCUCUUCUUAUCUUGAUGGAUUUGAAGCCUCCCAACCCAUUGCCCCUGCUGGUUCUGUCCGUCCACUCUAUGAUCUUCCACAUGAUAAUUUGCAGAUUGUUGAUCAUCCGGUAGAACUUUCACAUCCCCCAUGCCUUGGCCAAUCAUGUUCAGAUGGAGAGGUUUAUCCUCCAGCCCCAGUGGCAAUACUGCCUCCAGGAGGCGGUGCCAUUGACUUUGGUGGAAAGAAACGAAGUGUAGAAGGAGGUCAUGCAAUUUCAGAGAUUUCCUUGAUAGAUUCUCCUCAAACUCUGCUUUAUGGAGCAGAAUUGGGAUAUGAUGACCCAAUCAUUGAGAUUGUGAUUGAGGAUGGGGACCCACUCCCUGCCCCACCCCCACCAGUAAUAGAUCCUUCACUUUAUGAGGUGCCAAAUGAUCCAGUGGAAGUGUACUUCAUUGAAUAUAGUCCUGGGGACAAUCUAGAUGAUCUAGAUUCUUUAGAUCUUGGUGGUGCACAAUCUGGUGUCCUCCAUGACUUGCCUCAAGAACUGCCCCUUGGUGUGCGCAAUCAUCUGCUUGACUCAGGAGUCCUUGGCAAUGCUGAAAUUGAGGUGCUUAAUCUGGAAGAUGCCUUGGGUGCAGACUACCUGGAUGGAAAUGUAAGGGAAGCCCUAGAAUCCGUAUAUGGUUCAGAGAGUCGUCAGUCAAUCACAAAGGUGGACCCUUCAGACAAGCAGAAUGUGGAGGUAAAGGUGCGUCGCCUAGUGGAAGAUGGAAACUCUGCCAAAGUAGAGGAACUUCUUUCCAAUCUCAGAGGAUUCCAGAAAGGGCGCUUUGUUGGACGUGUGAAAGCCAAUGAUGAGGAAUCUGACAAAUUCAUUCCUGUUAGUGUAGAUGGUGACCGCCUGCCACUUCCUGACAAUCCAGAGCUAGAGGGACGUGAAUUGGCAGGUGUCCUUGUCUUAGCUGAGGAUGAUUCUGGUGAAGGUGAAGAUGACGUGCCAGAGCCACCAUCUAACACCAGUGAUCCCGACCACAAUCUGGUGGCAUCAGGAACAGAGGAACAGCCCAUCAUCCAGCCUUCUCCGAGAGACAACCCUGAAGAUCGGGAGUGGCACGGGGACCCUGAUGGUUGGCGUCCAGUUUGGAACUGAACCUUACAAUCCUUCAUCCAGUUCUGCGCCUCUCCUUGCCUUACCCCCUGCCAAGAGCCACGUUCUUGUGUCAGCAGGUGGUAGGUGACUUUCAAGUCAUUCAUUGUGGGGAUGUAAGUUAAACAAGACUCACAUGAGUUUAGCUGCUUAUUCCCCUAUGACAGUCCAACCCCAGAGCCAAGAGGAGCAUGUUGGAACAAGAACAUAGGAUCCAUGGCACUCAUAAGUGCUCUUCAUUAUUAAGCCUUGUGGGCCUGUUUCUGCCUUACCCCCUCCACUACCCUCUGUACAUAGUGUCAUUCAGUAGCUCGGGGUGGCAGUAGUAACCAGGGUUAAGACUGUGUCAUAGGAAGCAUAAGGUUCCCUUUUAUAAGUAUUAAGUUUUUUUUUAUACUUUUAUAUGUCCGUAUGAAUGCAAUGAAUAGUUUUCUAAUACCUCAGGACAAUAAUUGGUGUGUGUGUGUGUGUGUGUGUGUGUGUGUGUGUGUGUGUGUGUGUGUGUGUGUCUAUGCAUGCGUCAUUGGGAAAACUAAAGCAGCAGUACUUCAUUUUGUAUGUCAAUAAAGCCAUAAAAAACAACUCCAAGGAAGAUAUUCUUGUGAGAUAAGAUUAACACAUGAACCCUUAUUGUUUUCAUGUUAUACUUCUUAAUAUUAUCUUAUUAAUGUUAACCCUAUGAUGGUAAGAUACUUGUUUUCUAUGCAAAAUUAAUUUCCUUAGCUAUUCAUGGUUCUUAGUCAAAUGUUGGCACCAACACACAAAUGUUGUGGUGAACAUAGGAGUGGCAGCACCAAUUUGCACCUUGGAUGUGCAUGUUUACAUGUUCAUGUCUAUAGAGUGGGUUGUACAUUUCCAUGAAGUGGAAAUCAAUAUUUAAUGAUAUUUUAUAAAAUGUUGCACAUGGUUACCAUAAUUUUCAAUCAUUUACAUUGUGUGAACAAACUGACACACACUGGGUGUUACACAUGUAAUACUGGAACAUUAAAAAAAUAUAACAGUAAUUGUGUUGAGGUUUCUUCACCAUUAAACAGCAUCCUUGUAUGUAUAUUUUGAAUAUAAUGGGUACCAUAUACGACAUUGUUGAAUUUUUUUACAUCAAUUCUGUAGUGAAGCAAGCCACACUGAAUUACAGAUUUACAUGUAUCCCAGCUUAUGUAUUGGUAUGAAAAGUUUUCUUUUUUUCCAGUUAUUAUUAAAUAGUCACUGUGACCAUUAUUUUUAGAUUUCUAAAAUUAUAUUGUCACUGACUUUACUUGUAGGUUUUUGCCCACACAAUGUUGCUCAAGAAUUUCCACAAUUGUAUGCCGACAGAAUCAUGCAAUCAGUUGCUCUAUUAUCAGUGUUUAAUGGAGUCAAUGUGAAUGUAAUGUACAGUAAAUUAAUAAAUUGUUCUAAAAAAUGUG